AUGGAGUCUUCGGCUCGCCUGGUCACCAUCAAGCGGAACGGAGACGACGGCGCACACUUCCCGCUGAGCCUCAGCUCCUGCUUGUUCGGAAGGAGUAUUGAAUGUGACAUUCGUAUCCAGCUGCCUGUAGUGUCAAAAAAACAUUGCAAAAUUCAAGUCAAAGAGCAAGAGGCAAUAUUAUAUAAUUUCAGUUCCACAAAUCCAACACAAGUAAACGGGGCUACUAUAGAUGAGCCUGUGCAGCUGAAACAUGGAGAUAUAAUAACAAUCAUUGACCGAUCCUUUAGGUAUGAAAACAGAAGUCAUGAAGAUGGAAACAAAUCAACAGAAUUUCCAGGAAAAUCACUUGGACAGGAGCCGGCGCGGCGAGCCUCAAGAGCUAGCUUCUCUGCUGACCCUGAUGGGAAAGGCCAAGAUGCCAAAGCUUCAGAAAUCACUGCUUCAGGAAGAUCUGUGGUGAAUGCUGAGACACUCACUGGAGACAGCCCUGCCUCAGGGGGCUCAAAAGACAGUGUUACCCAAGAUCUAUCAGGGCAUUUAGAACGGCACAGUAGCAGAGAGUCCACUUCUGGGGAUAUCUCUAAGAAGUCCAAGGCAACAGGAAGCGGUUACAGGAAGCUGAAGUCUUCUCCUGCACAUAGCCUUAGUAAUAGCAAGAAAAAUGAAUCUCCAUUUAAGGAACUUUAUCAGUCAUUGAAGGAAGAGUUGGUUGUAAAAUCACAGAAACACAGAAAAUCAGAACCACAACCUCAUUGUGCAGGAGGAAAAGAAUCAGAGACACAGCUUUUGGUGUCAUGCAAGGCAAGACCAAAGUCCAGUGGCAACAUCCCUGUUACAGCAACCUCUUCACCUGAAGUUGAAAUGAUCUGUACUGAGAAACAGACAGGUGGUGUGGAGUCUGUUCAGACUCCCAUGGAGGCUCUGAAUUCCAGCUUUUCUCUCUCUGAGACAACUAAAACGAAGACCCUGGUGCGGAAGUCACAACAACUUAAAGAUGAAGACUUCCAUGCUAUUGGUGGAAAAGAGUCUGUGAAUCCAGGUGAAAGUGAAGGUGCCAAGUCAGUUCAUAAAAUAGUCACUCCUAGGAAGCUGUUAACUAGAAACCAAACUUCGGUGAAGAUUGAAGAUGCUGCCAGCUUUGUUGAUACACCAGAAAAUCCCUCUUCCAGAAAGAGAAGUAGUUUUCCUGCAAGGGUAGAGGUGCUGCCUGCAGAGACACAAAAGCGGCUCUCUUCAACUCCGGGCCUUGCUUCAGGUGAAAAGAAAACUCCCAAGAAUGCCUUCAGCAAGCCUGAGAAAUUGGCCACUGCAGCCGAACAGAUUUGCUCUGGGCUACCCGGUCUUAGUUCUGUUGAUAUCAGCAACUUUGGUGAUUCCAUUAAUAAGAGUGAGGGAAUGUCUUUGAAGAGAAGACGAGUAUCCUUUGGUGGUUGUCUAAGACCUGAAUUAUUUGAUGAAAACUUGCCUCCUAAUACACCACUCAAAAGAGGAGAGACACCAGCCAAGAGGAAGUCACUUGCCACUCAUAGUCCAGCUGUCCUGAAGAAAAUCAUCAAGGAGCCACCCAAGUCACCAAGGCAACAAGAGUCGGCUGGAGGAACUCCACCAAGGGCAAAUGAUCAAAGGCGUGGAUCAGUCAGGACCUCGCCUGCUUCCAGUGGAAGCAAAUCCUUAUAUCAAACAGAUACUCCCAAGAAAUCAGGCCGGAAGAGCAACAACCUACCUGCCAAGAGAGCAUCUAUCAGCCGAGGUCAGCAUGGCAUUCUACAGAUGAUUUCUUCCAAGAGAAGGAGCGGGGCUUCUGAAGCCAACCUGAUUGUUAAAAAAUCAUGGGCAGAUGUUGUAAAACUCGGUGCAAAACAAACACAAACGAAAGUUGUAAAACAUGCCCCUCAAAAACAGAUGAGCAAAAGGCAAAGAAGACCUAGUACUCCAAAGAAGCCUACAAGCAACCUUCACAAUCAGUUUAGCACAGGCCAUGCAAACUCUCCCUGUACUAUUGUAAUAGGGAGAACGCAGAUUGAAAAAGUAAGCGUGCCUGCUCGGCCCUACAAAAUGCUGAGCAAAUUGAUGUUAAACCGAAAAAUGGACUUCAGUGAAGACCUGUCAGGACUAACUGAAAUGUUCAAGACUCCAGUAAAGGAGAAGCAGCAGCAGAUGACUGACAUGGACUCCAUUCUUCCCAAUUCAGAUAAUUUGCCUGAAAAACAGUUUCAAGUAACUAGUUCAGGAGGCACACCUCUGCCCAUCACCUCAGAGAUUUUAGGAGAAAAUGUGCCCUCCAGUACACAGAAUGCAGCAAAGGAGCCAUCUGAUACAUAUUCUGCAAGUCCUACCUUAAAACGGCGGAGCAUCAAAAAUGGAAGCAGAGUGCAAAUCCCCAAGAACGUCCAUAACAUUACUCACCUUGAGAAGAAGACUCCAGGCUCUGACACCGAGCUUCUGGAGACAGCAUCCAGUGUGAGCAGGACAAGACGAUCUAGACAGCUCAGGCAUACCCUUGAAGAUAGUAUGAAUGAAAAAACAGAAGCAGACCUUGCUGAUGGCAUCACAGGAAAACACUUAAGAAAGACAUCAUUGCGAGGACAAGAAGUGGAUCAACAGGUGCAGGACUGUGAAAACUCUUCACAAAGAUGCAAGGAAAAUACCAAAUUAAAGGAAGGUUCAGAAAAGACAUUAGCUAUGAGAUCAAGUGCCAGGGAGCAAAAGCUAGCAAAAGACUUAAUAAGAAGUCAGAUGGUCACCCAAACAGGGGUCUGUGCUGAGGAACUACUUAAUCAGGAGCAAGGAACCACACAUAACCCAGAGGAAUCCAUGCAUAUGCAAAGCACACCAGAAGGUGAUGUUCAAGAAGCUACAAAACAAAAAGUGGACCCAGCGGUAUAUGCAGCCAAGGUGAAAUGCUGCCUAAAGACACCUGAUAAAAAGACCCAACUUCUAGAGGGCCCAGCUGGUCUCAAGGAAAUCUUCGAAACACCAAACUGCAGAGAUGAACUCAUAGAUGAUGAUGAAACCAAAGUCCCUUGCAAAUACCCACAACUUACAGCAGAUAACACCAGAACAAGUGCAAAGGCACGGUCCAGUAUGUCUGGGAAGAAAGCAGAUGUGAAGAAAGAACUCCCUGCACUGACGAAACUAGUGCACGUGUCAGGGGGAGCCAGGCACAGUCCCAAAGUUCCAGAACUUGAGCAUGGGGACAUCAAAGCUUUGAAGGAAUAUGAAAGUAAAAUGCUGACCCCAACAAUAACUAGAAGCAGGAGGUCGCUAAGAAAAACUGAGGAAAAGCCUCAACUCCUGGAAGACCUAACUGGUUUCCAAGAACUCUUUCUAUCACCAGUCCCUGGGGACAAAAUCAUUAAAAUGCCCAGCAAAUCUCCAUAUUCAGAAUCGGUUAGGACCCCAGCAAGCACAAAGAGACUGUCCAAGAUGGGUCCUAGGGUGAAUGUGAGAGAACUUUCUGUACUUGAGAAAGAAUCACCAGGCAGAGCCACAGGCACACCAGCACCCAUGCAGGAAGAGAAUGACACCACAGUCUUUAUGGAAACUCCAAAGCAGAAACUGGAUUUCACAGGAAGUUCAGUGGGGAGCAAGAGGAGGUCACGGACACCUAAGAUCAGGGCUCCACCCCUGGAAGACCUGGCUGGCUCCCCAGAACUGUUCCAAACACCAGCUGGUGCCAGUGACCCAGUGACUGUUGGGGAAACUGACCCAGUGACUGUUGGGGAAACUACAAAGAUGUCUUUGGAAUCUUCAGAACCAGGACAUACCAGAACUCAAGCAAGCACAAAGACACUGUCCAAGACAGGCCUUGGUAAAGUAGAUGUGAAAGAUGAGCCUUCAACACUUGGGAAACAAACAGCAUCACCAGGCAGAGCCACACGCACACCCAGGACACCUGUGCAAAAAGAGAAUGAUGCCACAGCCUUUAUGGAAACUCCAAAGCAGAAACUGGAUUUUACCGGAAAUUCAGUGAGAAGUAAGAGGAGGUCACGGACACCUAAGAUCAGGGCUCCACCCCUAGAAGACCUGGCUGGCUUCCCAGAACUGUUCCAAACACCAGCUGGUGCCAGUGACCCAGUGACUGUUGGGGAAACUACAAAGAUGGCUCGGGAAUCUCCGCAACCAGAACCAGUCAGAACCCCAGCAAGCACAAAGAGACUGUCUAAGAUGAGUCAUGGUAAGGUGGAUGUGAAGAAAGAGCUUUCUCCGCUAAAUAAGCCAAGGUGUGCAUCACAGGAAGUCAUGCAUACACCCAGACUUCCAGAAGAUGAUGGCAGAGGAGCCAAAGAUGUGAAGAAAUCCGUAGCUCAGACAUUGGACUCAGCAGUACAUGUAACUCACAGCAAGAGGCAGCAAGGGGCAUGUAAGAAAAGGUCCCAGUCAUCAGAAGACCUAUCUGGUCUUCAGGAGCUCUUCCAAACACCAGGCCAUGACAAGAUUUCAGUCGCAGGUAACAAGCUCACAAAAAUGUCCUGCAGGUUUCUACCAUUAGAACCCAAAGACACUUCAGUAACCUCACAGAUACAGCCCAAAAUUAAUCUGAGGAAUCUUGUGAAAAAUGAAGUGUCAGGAGACAGAAUGCUUCCACAAAUAUCAGGGGAAAUCUUAGGCUCACCUAGAGUACCAGAAGGUGAAGGCAGAGUCAUUAGAACAAGGAAGCAACCUGUAAAGCGGAAAUUGGACACAGCAGUCAGUGUGCCUGACAGCAAGAGGCAACGAGUUGCACGAGCAGAAAAGGCACAGACACGAGAGCAUCUGUCUGGCUUCCAAGAACUCUACCAAGAUCCAGGCUUGUCAAUGGACUCAGUGACUGUUGACAAGACCACAAAGAUGCCCAACAAAUCUCCAGAAUCUGUGGAAAUGAUGUUAGAGACACAGCCAAGAAGAAGACUUAGGAGACUGGGUGUGGCUGAAGAGCCUAGAGCACAAAGAAAGACUACAAGAGUGGUACGGGAAACCAGAAAUACACAAAAAAAAGAGCCCAUGGGUGACAGUAAAGGUGUCAAAGAGUUUAAGGAAUCUUCAAUGCAGAAACAAGAUCCAGCUGUAAGUUUAACUGGCAAGAGGAACCAACCAAGGAUGGCUAAGAAGACCCAACCCUUAGAGGAGCUGAUCAGUUUUCAAGAGGAAACAUCUGUAAGAAUGUCUUGCCAAUCUCCACAACCAGAAGAAAAGGAAACCUCAGCAGCUUCAAAGAGGCUGUUCAGAACACAGCUAUGCAAAGUGGAUGUGAAAGAAGAGCCAACAACGCAGAGAAAGCCACCAGGCAGGGAAACCAGGAGCACACUCAAAGAACCCGUGAGUGAUGCUAUAAAUGUUGAAGAAGAGCUUAAGGCAUCUACAAAGCGGAAAAUUGACCUAACAACAAGUAUGCCUGUCAACAAGAGGCCACGGAGGGUACCCAGGGAAAAGGCACAGUCCCUAGAAUUGGCUGGUCUCAAAGGACCAAUCCAAACCCCAGGUCACACAGAGGAAUCAGUAAGUGAUAAAAGAUCCACACAGAUGCCCUGUAAUUUUACACAAACAGAGCAAGUAGACAGCCUCCAAAUCUCACCAAGACGUCCCAGGACUAGACGUGGGAAAGUAGAGGUGAAUGAAGAAUCUUCGGUACUGAAGAAGACAAUGCCAACAUCAAGGCAAACAAUGCGGUCUCGCAAGGUCCCUGAAAUUGAUGACAAAGGCACUGAAGUUUCAAAGGAGUCUGUUAAGCAGAAACUAGACACAGAAGCCAAUGUAACUGGCAGCAGAAGGCGGCCAAGGGCACAUAAAGAUGAGGUCCAACCUCUUGAAGUCCUGAGUGACUCCAAAGAAAUAACCCAAAUAUCAGACCAUUCUGAGAAACUAAGACAUGACACACAAAUGCCAGACUCAGUAAAGCCCCUGAGAACAUGCAGAAGAGUGCUAAGGACCUCUAAAGAGGAGCCCAUGGAAAUGUCAGUGGAUACCAGAGAACUCGCAGCUUCACAAAUCAAAAGCAACACUUUCCUGCCCCCCAAGAGGACGUCUGCAAGAGAUGGAAGUGUUUCAAGAGCCAGGGUGUUGCGCUCUGUGACACAAAAGCAGGAAGCCACAGAUGAGAAGCCUGUACCUAAGACACAGAGAGCUGCUCGCAGCAAGAGGCAUGUAUCACCUGAGCCUGUGAAGAAGAGACACCUGAGAACCAUGUCAAACAAAAUUGAACCUGUGGAAGAGCAGAUUAGCAACAUCAGGAAAACAGAAGAAAAAGAAGACAAAGGAGAAAACUCAGUCACUCCAGAUCAGAAAACACCCCAGAGCUCUAGAUCCCGAAAGAAAACCAAUGAAAAACAGCUAAGACCCAAGAUUGAUGGAUCUGCAGAUAAGGUUGGGAUAACGAAAAAUGAGAAGACCAUCAAGUCCUCCCAGGAGACAGAGCUGCAGAACCCAGAUGAUGGAGCCAAGAAGUCUACAUCUAGGGGCAGAGCCAGUGGAAAAAGAACAUGCUUGAAGUCUAGAGGACAGAGUGAGAUUCCUCAGCCUUAUGCUUCAGAGGAGAAAACACAUGAGCCAGAUACGGAAAUCGUGAUAAAGACUCAGAAAGAGAGAGGAGUCUCUGGACAUUCAGAUGUUAGGUCUUUGCGAUCCAAAAAAGCUGGAGCCACUUUGGACACUGAACUUAAGCCAAGAGUAACUCGAGGUGCUAAGAAAGAUGCAAAAAUUCCAAAGCAGGAUGAAGACAUUGUAUACACCAGGAAAUUAAGAACAAGAAGUCACCAGAAUAGUGAAAAUAAGUAGCAGAGUCAUUUAAGAAGGAAAAAUAAAUUGGCUUGGUGAUAAAUUCCAGUUUGAUUCUCGCCUCCAGCGUGAAGGUGAACUGUAAAUAAUACUGCCCAUCUUUAAGGAAGGAAGCUACUUUCCUGGUUAUGCUUUCUUCAAACUCCCAUGGACAUCAUGAAGGGGAUCACCAGGGAUCUUAGCAACCACAGUUUAAAAAUUGGGGGGAGGGUUGUGAGCAGGCAGAAGUGUUGCUGUCUGUCCUGCAAAAUAAAGCUUUAAAGUUCACUGCCUCCUA